GACCUCAUGAAGAUAAGCAAGAAAAAGGAAUCGCCCCUCGCUCUAAAAAAAAUAAUGCCUCAUCUACUGUUUCAGGGACAUUCUCCAUCAGGAUGGUGCAUCAUCCAUUUCGGCAAGUAAUAUAUCGCCAUGCAGUCUCCGAUCUUUUAAUGCACGGUCCUAUAAAUUAAACGAGGUGGAUCCAUCUUCUUUUCCCCAACCAACACCAUUACUACCAGCACCUACGAUGGGUUCAUUUACUGCUUUUCACACAUUCACCAAUACCCACUCUUCCAUGAAACCUUCACAAAAAAUGAUGCGAUGGAUCGUCAUCAAACUGUGGCCCCAUCAUCGACAAUCGACUUCAAGGUAUCGGACACCUUCGCCCACCGUCGAUAUGCACUAUGCAAGUUCACUGAACCAGUCGAGUCAGUCGAGCCAGUCAUGCAUGCGUCAAGAGGACUCGUUAUCGUUUCAUGAAACCAAAAUGAAAACCACGCCUUUUUCCUUCACGUGUGAGGAGCUAGUGAUGGAUGAACCUCCCAAUGCGAUCCUGUCUCCCACUACACCUCAUUUCACCAUCCCUAUUUGCUUCGAAGAACUCGACAGUGCCGUACCUUGGCGAGUCCUGGAAGUCGAUGAAGAUGAACAAGAUAUUGGUGAUUCAUUUCUUCAGCCCAAAAACAGUCAGGAUGGGACCGAUCCACGAAAAAGUCUUAGCAGUAGUCCUCGCACCGAUAGUUGGUUAGAGCUCAACGAUGAUCCUCCCACCUCGCCUUCACGGGUCUCGCAAUGGUUCCAUAAACGUGGUGAUUCUUUUGAAAAUGUGCGAGAGCGAAUGGCCCGAAGUUCGAAAAGCCUUCGACGUUGGCGACAGCAACAACAACAGCAGCAACAGCAAUCACAUCCAUCGGAUCUUCAAGAACCAGGUCUAGCUUCUUUGUCAACAGGUACCCGACAAUCACGAGCAUUAUCUGACUCGUUUGAUCCCACCAUGUUGCAAGCCGUACCUGAAUCACCGUCCGAAGAAGAAUCGUUCAAUGACACUGCUGUGCGUGCCGUGACGGUAUUAGCCAACUCGAUGCAUUCAAAUUAUCGAAUGAUCUAACAACGCCAGUGAACUCGAAACAAAAAGCAACCCAAAAAGAAAUAGUAAUGUUUCUGUUCACUUGGUAAUGAGGGCCCUCUCCCAACAAAAAAAAAGCAACAAAAAAGAUAGUGUAUAUCGACAUAUGCAUGUAUCAGUAUUUCUAU